AUGUUUUUAUUCUGCUUCUGUCUGCACUUCGCUAGAUUGCUUGUUUUCCCUUCCUCAUUUUACUUUUCAUGACGAAAUGCUGAUCUAAUAAUAGUCCCACUUUUUGUUUGUUUUUCGUUUUAAUAUGCCGGCUGUGGUCGCGUCUUCACUAAAAAUAAUGUAACCGGUAUUGAGUAGUGUUAAAUUUGGACCGGCAGGUAGCGGGGCCAAAUCAUAUUUUCGGCAUACGCAAGAACACCUCGCCUCGUAACUCGUCGAACACAGAACGUUGACAUUCCUAAUACAUUCUCAUUCGGAUACGUACGGUUUAGUUCUUAGGUGUAACUUGAAUAACAUUAAAUAAAAAUAUGAGAAAUAAGUAUAGAAACACGGAUUCCUCUAUUAAGGCUGGGGAUUUGAUCCUGACAGAGCAACCUUUUGCUUUUGUUUUAUCGUCUAAAGAGCAAGGAAGCCGGUGCGAUAAUUGCCUGGAAAAGGGCAAAGUGCUGAAAUGUUCAGGAUGCCAGUUUGUCUACUACUGCGGCCGAUCGUGCCAGAGAGAUGCGUGGGGUGAUCACAAGUGGGAAUGUGCGAACUUCAAGCGCGUGGCUCCGAAGGUCCUGCCGGACGGCGCCCGCAUGCUGGCGAAGAUCAUCAACCGGCUGUACCGGGGUGAUGGCCACUCAUUCCGGUCCUUCUACUCCGGCACCUCCUUCAGGAUGUGGAAGGAUCUGAUGUCACAUUAUUCAGACUUGAAAGCGGACACGAAGAGGAUGGAUCACUUCACGACGCUCUGCGUGGUGUUGUACGAGUUCCUAAAAGACAUAUCACUGCCAAACACUGUGGAACUUAUGGGAUUAUAUGGGAGGAUGGUAAUAAACAGCUUUAUGAUUUUGGACAUCGACAUGAACUCCAUCGGUACGGGCAUUUACUUGGCCUCCUCUAUACUGGACCACAGCUGCGAUCCGAACGCGGUGGCUAUCUUCGACGGCAAGACUAUCAACAUCAGGGCUAUCAAGGACAUGCCUUGCUUGGAUUGGAAUCAGAUGCGAAUAUCAUACAUAGACCUGAUGAAGACGCCAUACGACAGACAGACGGAGCUGCUGCAAAACUACUACUUCUUGUGCCAGUGUGACAGGUGCAUUGAUGAAAAUCAAAUAAAACACGUGCAUGGCGCCAUUUGUCUGAACAAACAAUGCAAUGAACCGGUCUCAAUACCUUGGAAAGAAGACUGUCUACUCGCCAGAAGACCGGAAAAGACCGAGGUCAAUGAACCGUCAAAUAGUAGACCGGAGAAGAUAGAAGAAAAUUCCACAGAUUUGGAUAAAAUAGAAGAAAAUGGUGUAGAUGAAAAAGAUACGCUGCACUGUAAGGAAUGCGGAACGAAGUAUACUGAGAAACAUGUCGAUGUCUUCGUGAAGACCAUGGAGUUCACACAUGUGCAUUUACAGAAUAUGGAGAGGGCGUCCGUUGCUUAUGUGGAUGUAUGUCAGUACUGCCUGGACAGACAGGAGGGUGUGCUACACCCACUCAACGUGAUGCACGCUCAGACCCUGGACCAUGCCUUCGACGCACUCAUACAGGUGCAGCUGUGGGAGAAAGCUUGUGUGUACGCUGAGAAACUCAUUCCUUGUUUUAAAUUCUAUUACGGCGACAGAAACCCACUGCUUGGCUUGCUACACCUGAAGUACGGAAAGAUAUUACUGUUCAAAAUGGAAAUAGAGAAAGCCUUAGCCCAGUUGAAAUCUGCUGAGAAAAUAAUAAAAAUGACACAUGGCGAUAGGCAUCCUCUUUACAAAGAACAAUUACUGCCCUUACUGCAACAAGCAAUAAUGGAGUCUUGAAAUUAUGAUGCAGUGCCUGUCUAGGUCUUUUUAGUGUUUAACGUGAUGAUUGUGAAAGAUAAUAACUAAUAAGCAAUGUUCUAAUACAAAUUUAAAUGGAUGUAGUCCACUGGUACAUCUUGAUGGUGAUGAAGGACUUCUAUGGAUGUCUUCUGCGCUAAUUAGGUGUUGCAUAGGACAUUAAUGCCUAUUUUCACCCAAAGUCCCUUAAAUUUGAAGGAACUUCUAAGCCAAGUGACAUUUAAUGAUCCUAUUAGUAACAGCUAAAGGUAAAAGUAAGAGGUUAGUUUAAGAGCUUCCUCAAGCUAAGUAACUCUUAGUUGAGAGGUAGUUUAGAAGUGGUUCGUGCAAAAGACCGUAAGUCAGGUCAGUAGCCUUAGUACGAGUUUGCUUUACGUUGAACGAAAUCGCUCUGAUUGGCCGGCUCGAAUAAACCAACCAAUCAGAGUGCUGAACGCGCUCUCGUUAAAACAUACUCGUACUAAGCCCUCUGCUCACCUAACUGAAUAAAGACAAUGAAGUAAUAGGGUAACUGAAUAUGUGUAAAUGUCUCGCAGUCUUUGUGGUUCUUAGAAUAAAAAAAAAUCUUUUUGAUGCUAUUUAGGUGUAAGCAAAACAAAGCAAUAUCGACAACGUAUACCAUGCCAUAAGUCUUUAUAUUACAAAAUUAUUCUGUAUGAAGUAAUUAACUAAGAGAAUAGCAAUUUACAAAUAGUAAUAAUCAAUUUUUGCCACUAAUUUUAGUGUCUUGUAAGUCUUUUAAGAGUUAUAAGGAAAAAUACACAUAGGGAACCAGGUAUGCAAGAAAGGUCUCUUCUCCAACAGAAAUAACCAUUGCAGGGACAUAAAAACAUGUUGCAAUAAUUAUGUAUGUAUACUAUGAUACCUACCUUUUUAAAUACUUACUAUAGUCGUGUUCUAAUAUUAUUAUGUCAUGGUGUAAUUAGAUCUUUACUUUAGCAUACAUGGUCAAGAUGGGAACGAUUGUCAAAAUGUAUAAUCUUAUGUUUCCAGUACAAAAUUAGUUAAUAUUGUCAGAUUGUAUAGUAAAGUGACCUUACAUAAUGAUAAUUGUCAAUUAUUUUAUAAGUCACAAGGCUGUGUGUGCAAUAAAUUGGGUUAAGUUGUCAUAUUUAGAUGCUUUUAUUAAUAAAGAAAUCAAGUCAC